AUGGUGAGAAUGGAGAUUCCUCUGUAAGCAGCGUGGCGGGGGGUGGCUGACGUCCCACUGAACCCAGAAGCGACAUGGGGGGGUGGGGGGAGGACAGCUAUAAAAACAUGUCACCUGGCACACAGGUGCAUCACAGGGAGCCGGGCGCAAGAUGCUGGCAGCAACAGCAGCAGUUCUGGCCCUCAGCGUCAGCUUCUGGUACCCAGGAUGUGUCGCCGCGCCUCUGUCAUCGGAAGAGAUUAUCACCCAGAUCCAGAGCUUGGCCCUGCUACACCGCGAGAACUCCACACUGACGCUGAACACCUAUCUGCAGUACCAAGGACCGCCCUUCAGCAUGUCCGGUUUCAGCUUCCCCUACUGGUUGGAGAAAGGGCUGCCCACUGCUGCACUGGGCUACCGGACGUGGCGAUGUCUGUGCCCCGGAGAACGCCUCCUUCAGGCCAGAGAUGCCUUUUCGGCUAUUUCCGAGUUCUUCCAGCUGGCCCUGGAUGAUCAGAACUCCCUAAACCCGGCAGCUGCAGAUCUCCUUCGGCUCCUGGAGGUGGCUCGAAGAGCCUCGGAGGCCUUACUUAGGAACCUGAAGGACGCCUUGAUUAUUUUGGGCUACCAGCCUUCCUCUGCCCAGCAGGAGCCACUGAGCUGGGCACAGACAGAUGACCAUGCCUUCAACAAGAAGGUAAGGGGCUACGUUCUGUGCAGAGAGUUCAGGGACUGGUUGACCAGGCUGCCCGAAGACAUGAAGAUACUAAGAGUAACCUUGAGGCUCAAAGACAGCUCUGGGCAGGAGAAAAAAGACUGCUGUAGGUCUUAAGUGGUGCUGGAGGGAUUAAACAUUG